AAUAACAAUAGUGAACAGUGUCAAUAUCUCAGGGUAGCCCCAGGGAAAAACAAUUGAUUCUUGAGUCUAGUUUUACCGAAUCUAGACUAGACAUUUCUUAAUGUUUUCUUGAGUUGAGGGGUCCCAAACAGAGGAUGCAUAUUCUAUUAUUGGCCUAACCAAGAGAUUGGUGAUCUGUUCAUAAUAAGAUUGGUGAUCGGUUCUUAAAAAGGGCUGUGCUGAAAAUGGCUAUAGCACGCCCCCCAGGAAUGGACUUUGACCAUAAUUGGCCGGAAAGUACAGAAUGCUUGAUGUUGGACUUUGGGCCAAUAGAAAUAGUGCACAUGUGGAGAUCAAUGCCAGAAUGUGAUGAGUUUGUUGGGGCCAGGCGCAGCAAACAUACAGUUGUUCCUUACAAAGAAGCUCUCUAUGUGUUUGGUGGAGACAAUGGGAAAAAUAUGCUCAAUGAUUUGCUCCGUUUUGAUGUGAAAGACAAGUCUUGGGGCCGAGCUUUUACCACUGGCAAGCCUCCAGCACCAAGAUACCAUCACUCUGCAGUGGUUCAUGAAAGUAGCAUGUUUGUAUUUGGGGGAUACACUGGAGAUAUUCAUUCCAACUGUAACUUGACCAACAAGAAUGAUCUGUUUGAGUACAAGUUUAACACUGGACAGUGGCUGGAAUGGAAAUUUGACUCUCGAGAUGAAGUUCGUGACCCAAGCCCAAACAAAGCCAACAGCAGAACUGUGGCUAGAACUCAGAGGCUGCCAGUGCCCAGGGCAGCUCAUGGGGCAGCGGUGUAUGAUGGGAAGUUAUGGAUAUUUGCAGGCUACGAUGGCAAUGCACGUUUAAACGAUAUGUGGACAAUAUCUCUACUGGGUGAUACGAAGGGCUGGGAGGAGGUUCACCAAAGUGGAGACAUUCCACCUACAUGCUGUAACUUUGCCCUGGCUGUGGCCAGAGACUCUAUGUAUGUCUUCUCUGGGCAGAGUGGGGCUAAGAUCACAAACAACUUGUUUCAGUUUAGUUUUGUGGAGAAACAGUGGACAAGAAUCUCGACAGAAAUGAUAUUGCGAGACACACCACCUCCACCAGAGAAACGUUAUGGUCACACCAUGGUGGCCUUUGACAGACAUCUGUACGUUUUUGGUGGCGCCACGGGUCAAACUUUGCCCAAUGAACUUCAUUGUUUUGACCUUGACUCACAGACCUGGUCUAUCAUAGCUCCUAGUCUAGCAAGUGAGAUUCCUGCAGGUAGAUUGUUCCAUGCUGCAGGUGUUGUUGGUGAUGCUAUGUAUAUAUUUGGUGGGACUAUUGACAACAAUGUCAGAAGUGGAGAGAUUUAUAGAUUUCAGUUCUCUAGCUACCCUAAGUGUACAUUACAUGAUGACUAUGGACGUCUGCUAGAAAGCAAACAGUUCUGUGAUGUUGACUUUAUUUUUGGGGAUGAUAAGGAUCAAAAAAGAAUCCCUGCUCAUAUAGCUCUUGUUGUAGCCAGGUCACCAUGGUUGAGAGACAAGAUCAGGCAAUGCAAAUCACAACAGACAAAAAGUGAAUCUGGCAGACUUGAAGUGUUCUUACCAGAUAAAGAUCCUGGAGCUUUUGAGAUGAUUUUGUCCUAUAUCUACACUGACAAAAUAAUUCCUGGAAAAAAAGGUCAAGACUCCAACAACACUGAUGUGAUACUAGCCAUGAUGGAGGUCUACAGGUUGUCAUUACAGCUUGAAAUGGACCGGCUACAACACCUCUGUGUACAAUUCUUGGAAGCCAGCAUAGGAAUCAAGAGUGUUCUGUUUGCAUUGCAGAAUGCAGCUCGUCUGCAGUUAGAUUUUCUAAAGGCAUUUUGUCUCCGGUUUAUUGUCAAGGAGGCCAACUUCAAUCAGAUAGUGAUGAGUAAAGAGUUUGAGUCUCUGGAUAAGCCACUUAUAGUUGAUAUUAUUAGGAGAAAACUGGAGCCUCCUGUACGUCUUCUUGACCCACAACCUGAGCCACUUGCAAGCAACUCGCUGGAAAAAGAUUUAACCCGUUUCCGUAUCACUGGUGAGGAGUUCUGUGACAUAACUUUGGUGCUAGAUGGUGUCCACAUCCCUGCUCACAAGGCCAUCCUCGGUGCCCGCAGCAGCUAUUUUGAGGCCAUGUUUAGAUCUUUUACACCUCAGGACAACUUAGUCAACAUUGCUAUUGGGGAAAUGGUUCCAUCCAGGCAAGCUUUUGACAGUUUGAUGAGAUACAUUUAUCAUGGGAAUAUUAUUAUGCCCCCUGAGGACUCUCUAUACCUGUUUGCUGCCCCUUACUUCUAUGGUUUUACCAACAAUCGUCUACAGGCUUAUUGUAAGCACAACUUGGAGAUGAAUGUUUCCUACCAAAAUGUUAUACAGAUCCUAGAAGCAGCAGACAAAAUUCAGGCAACAGAUAUGAAAAAGCAUGCCUUGAGUAUUAUUGUUCAUCACUUUACCAAGACUGCCAAAUUGCCUUCAUUGAGGCGGCUGAGCAAGGAACUGCUUCUGGAUGUCCUUGAUGCCUUGGCUGAUGAAAUGAGUGACUCUCAUGCUUGCCAGGAUAUGUCUGGGGUCAGCUUGACUGAUUCCAAUAUGUCAAUGUGACAUUCACUUUCACUUGGUCACCAGUUAAUGCAAGUACUUAGUCAAAUCACAAAGCAAUAAUCUCAACAAUAUUUCAUUUUGUCCUCUGCUUUUUUUUUUUUUUAUUGCAAUACUAAUAUUGUUAUGUAAAUAAUUUGUUUAAACCUAUCUGGUAUGUUUUAAUCUACUUCUAAAUAGAAUUCAUAAUGUAUUAUUAUGAGCAUAUACAUCUCCUUAGAUGUUUUUUGCAAAUUUAUUGAUGGCCAAUGAGUCAAGAUCCCUGUUUUUUUUUGUUUCACUAUAUUUUUGUAAAUGAUUGAUGAUUGGGUUUUCUCAAUGAUAAUUCACAUGUUACAUAUACAUUUGUUUAAUUGUAACAUUUCUUUAGAAGUGUAAUUAUCUUAGAACACAUAUUCAAAGGUAGAGGUUACAAUAGUGUUAAUGUUGCUAUUGAAACAUACAAAUGUGAAAGGAUCUGACUCAUCUCUACAAGGUUUCCUUGUCUGUUUAUAUUUUAAAGGGAGCCAAAAAUGUGGCAAGUAACCACCAAAAAGUGAAUGUAAGCUUACACCUACUACUUACUACUGCUUCUUCAUAGCUUGUCUUAUAUUUUGUUAGAGAAUUAGUCAAAUCUUGCUCUGAUGGGGGAGAAGUUGAAUAUCAUUUAAUUUUUAGUGGACUUUAGUUUUUCAAAGAUGCAUUUACAAAUUAGAACUAAACGAGUGCAUUUCUGUUACAAUUCCACAAUAAUGUAGUCUCCCUUAGAUCUAUAAUGCUUCUCUACAAUAAAACAGCUUGUAUGUGUCUAGAUGGUAUGUUUCCAUUGAUCUUUAGGAGUGUGGCAGAUGUCAAGAUUGUAUUACAGAGACAAACAUUAAUCAUCUUUCCAGUAAUACUUUACUUUUUGCAAGUUCUCUUUUCAAACAUUAAAAUUGAUAGAAUUAAAAAAUGUGUAUAAUGAUUGAAUAACAAAGUAAGAACAUUUUGGCUUAUUGUAUCAGGAAACUUUUGUAUAUUCAACAAAACCAUACGACACAGUAGUCUGUGAUUUCCUUGUCAGCAUUGAUGUAUGUUCUUUCAUUCCAUUGGUCAACUUUGCAGUGAUCAAAAUCAUUUUUUUUUUUUGGUCACAUAUAAUUAAAACAAACAUUAUUUACUUUUUUGUUUCAUGUCAAAGUCAAUCUUAGCAUGUUGACUCAGUAUUGUAAUUAACUGAUAAUGAGAUACUUUGUUAAAUAGUCAUACUUUAUUAAGCAAGGUAGUGCCAUUUUUAGUUGUUUUUUCACUUGUCUUUUUAAAUCCAUAAUGAAAACUGUUUAGACCUAUAGGAUAAUCUAAUAUUUAAAGCAAAAAGUAAGGCAUAUGUAUGUAUGUAUAUCCUGAAAGAAAAUCAAAGCCUUUGACCAAUCUUGAUAAAACUUGGCAUAAAUGUUCCUUAAUACUAAAGGGAAAAACUAAGAUAUGUAAAGUAGCCCUUUGGGAAAAACUAACAUAUGUAAAGUAGCCCUUAAACAAACUGAAGACCCUCAAAAAAAAAAAAAAAAAAAUUCAACUCAAUGAAAGUAUUACAAUUUCAUGUAUCUAGGUCAUAUGUUGACAUGAGACAAGACCAAAAGGUCAUGCAUGUGCAGAGCAGAACAUUUUGUGAAGGCUAGAUCUAGUAUAUUGUAAAUUAUUCUGUGCAUCUCUAGUAAGAUGUCUGGAUGUUUCUCCUUUUAUACAUUUCUACAUUUAUUCUUUCUGUUCAUUGUCGAUUGAAUUCUUGGCUAGUUUCCACUUUUGUUCCCCAGCAUUGGAGAGGUCAAUUUUGUGAGUUAAUCAGCUAUAAGUACCACUACAUAAGACAUGUGAAUUUCAUUCACACAUUGACUGAAAACACCAUGUACAAUGGUAUGGUUUUGUUAUGUUGAACAACUGUAUUAUUAUGUGCCAUGUUAAAUUGUUAGGAAGUUGUAGUGUUAUUGCAUGUAUACUUGUAGUAAGUGAACAGAGUUAUUCUCUCUCUGAAUCUCUAUAUAUCUGGACAGGAGUAUUCAACCCAUAAUUAAGAUAGUAUUACUUGAAAAAUACUAAAGCACCAUAAAACUUGGAACAAUACAGCAAAUUAAAUCUCAACUUCAGCGAUCCAAGAAAGAAAAACUUUCAUAACUAGAGCACAGUGAAAACGCCCAACCUAUUUCACUCCAAUAAAUCAACUACCUCCAAGCACUCAGCUCAUACAAGAUCAAAACAUUAUGUUCAUAUAAAACGUGGAUAUGUAUUACAUAACUCUUUUGUACCUACAAAACUUAUUGACAUAAUUAAAUUAUUUUAUUAUAACAUUACUUUGAUAUAUCUGUACAGUUAUAUUGUUAGUUUCAUUAAUUCAUAGAAUUAAAUUGUUACAUACAGUAUUCUUUCAUCAUUGUGACACGUUUGAUCUGUUUGUUAGUGACAAUGACUAUUGUAAAUAAUAAAUAGUGUUACCAAUGAACUGUCUAUUACUUGUUGUUUUUGUGUGUAGUUGGCAUGGUUAAAACUAAAUUAACAUUGUUGAUUUCAUUAAUAUUUAAAGGACAGUUUAAGAUCCCUAUCAAAAAAUAUAUUAUGUCAAGUAUCAAGGUGAACCUCGGAAUUUCCUAUGACGUGAUAUGGCACCUGCCAUUCUUUGACACUAUUGAUAGAAAAUGACUUGAUUUGUUGUAGGAAAUGAUUUCAUUGGUUAAGCCAAGGAAAUUUAGAAAACGACGCGAAGGGGAAGUCAGACUGGAAGUAAAUUUUGUAGAAGUAUAGGACGUACUUUAGUUUGAGUUAGAAUUUGUAGAGAAAAAUCUUGUAUUUUAUUAGGUCUAGUCGUAAACUUGAAUAUUUCUAUUAUUAUACUAUGAAACAAAGUUAUUCAUCCGAUACAGUUUUAUGUCUGUACAUUCAGUUAUUAAAUUAAAGUUCUGUAUUUGAUUUAAAAA